AUUUCAAGAUCACAUCAACUCCCUACAUUGAUAGAAAAUGACUGAUCUCAAACCUCAAAGACGUUUAUUUCAACAUCACGACUGUCACGUUGUGUGGGGGCGUUCUCAAGGAGGAAUCGAGGACAAAUUAGGCAGUUGGGAGGAAUUAUAAAGAGAGGAAGUGAGAGAAAUCGUCCAGAGACGGACAGAGCUCAUCACUGAGGCAGCUAAGAUGGGGCAAUGGUCUUUCCUGUCCGAGCUGUUGGACAAGGUGCAAUCCCAUUCUACCGUGUUCGGUAAGGUGUGGAUGAGCAUCCUCUUCCUCUUUCGGAUCUUCAUCCUAGCUGCUGGUGUGGAUGAAGUGUGGAAAGACGAAAAGAAGAGCUUUAAAUGCAACACCAUAACUGUGGGAUGCCAUAAUUUAUGCUACGAUACCACGUUCCCGAUUUCCCAUACACGGUUUUGGGUCCUGCAGAUCCUCACGGUGUCCACGCCAACGCUGGUCUACCUGGGACACGUUCUACUGGUCAUCCGCAGGGAGAACAAACUGAGGAGGAAGCAGCAACUAAAGGGGGGGCACAAGUAUUUAGCGAAACUUCCAAAGUAUACAGACGAAAGAGGGAAAGUCCAGCUCAAGGGGGCGCUCCUGGUGAGUUACGUGAUCCAGCUGGUGAUGAAGAUCCUCCUGGAGGGAGUCUUCAUCAUUGGCCACUACUUUUUGUACGGCUUCUUCCUGAUGCCUAAAGAAGUGUCCUGCGAUCAGUACCCGUGUCGACACAUCAACCACUGCUUCAUCAGUCGACCCACAGAGAAGAGCAUCUUCAUUAUCUUCAUGUUGGCGAUGGCGGGCUUCUCUGUGAUCCUCAACAUUGUGGAGCUGCUGCACCUUGUGGUCUCAAAGGCAACAGGGAGGAGGAAGAGGAGAAGCAGCUUGGGACCGCUAGAGCUCAAGCCAAUCAACAAGGCGAAUUUUGGAUCAGCUGGAAAAGUGUCACCGUGAUGAGGAGAAGAAUGACUUCAGCUCCUUUGUAGAGCACAAUCCGAGAUCCCAGAUAGAUCCUAAUCUUUUCAAAAGAAAAAGAAGCAAGAGACUUUAAGCUUCGUUCAAGAAAGUGCUAAACUUGUAUUCUUGAACCUCCAUUUAGCUCAUGCUGUUCACACUGGACGAAUAGGGAAAGGAAUCUACUUUCUUAUAAUUUUUUACUGUUUACUAUUUCAUGAAAAGUGUGUAAAUCUUUUGAAUCUUUGCUCCAGGCUUUCUCUUUAACAGCUCUUUUGUGAAAUAUUAGACUUGGUGUCAUUUAAUUCUGGCCGGGCACAAACCACAACGAUCAAUUUCUCCUUUUAUGAUCAAUGUUCAAACAGUUGACACUUCCAUGAAUUAGAAAGAACACUAUAUGUCACUACCAAAUCCGAGUCCCUGAUUGGUCAAAGUUGGACUUGGUUAACUUGCAAUGUUCAUUCAAUGUUUGCGCAUUUUGAAUCACAAUCCGUUGGCUUUUCUUUUGUAUCCGUAACAAUUUUUCUGUGAGUUACGGCAGAUUUUUUUUUUCUUUUUACCAUGGUUUGGUUUUAACAAAACGCCUCACCUUCUACUUCUUGAUCAAAGUUUAAAACUGCUGACUGGCCUUCUCAGUUCCUUGGAUGUCUUUUUAUAUCCCUUUCCUGUUUAGUACAGUUCAGUUUUGACAGCUCCUUAUCCUUUCCAUUACUCAGGAUCUAGAACUGUCAGUGUAGCACUGGAUGAAGGGUCUCUUAGGAUCCAAGAAACUCAGAGAUCUUUUGUGCACACAAAUUGAAUACAGGACAGUCAUUUUGGACGUUUCUGUUGUCAUUGUGAUUUAAUUUGGGUAAACAGAAUUUUUGCCUCAAUAAAUGGCUUCAUCCAACCACUAA